AUGAAUACAGACUACAACCUCGACGAGCUGGACAUGGCUCUUAGCGAGGCCCGCCAUCAAGCUGCCGCUGUAUCCGGGCCCCCGAGUCGGAGAGAAGGUUCCCGCCGCACGGCAUCUAGUACCCGGCGCGGCAGUCUGGUUCCUGGAAUGGGUGCCCUCUCCUCAGUUGCAUACAGCCCCGGGAGACAGCACCAGCGAACCCGUCUCGACGAGCUCAACCUCUUCAACUUCGACCUCCGCGAGCUUGCCCGCGAUAUUCUCCUACCAACAGGCCAGGAAACUCGCGUCUCCUAUCACGAGUAUGCUGUCUUUGCACCUGGCGAAGGGAACAACGAGACCCGCUCUCCCAGCAUCAUGUCUGACGGAGAAGAUGCAGUACGGAUGUUUCGAGAUGCGGUUAAGCAUGGACACGGUUUGGAUCACGAGGGAAAUUUCACUCCUAUGCCUAAGGGGAAAAACUUACUUCAAGGGAGAGUGCGACAAGAUUUAGACGAACAGCACAAUACGAAUAGUACGGUCGAUGGAUUGUAUCUCACCAUCGAUGAUUAUGAGUCCCUGGGAUUGCACUCCGGCACCCUGCCGACUCUUCAACGAGUCACACUCGAGUCAUCCUUCUGGGACUCGAGAAGAGAGACGAUGUACUUGACAUUAAGUUUCUCUUCCAGCCCCCAGCCGCCUUAUGACUUCCUCUCCAUGGCGUAUAAGAUUAAGUCCAAAACGACAACAGCUCUCAUACGGCGAUCUUUCGACACAAGGUGGCAUGCUGAGGACGCACUGGAUGAAUACGAGCGCCGACUAGACUCUUGUAGGGCAAGGUGGUCUCACCCGCUAAUAUUACCGAUCGUCCUCCUUCAAGUACAGCUUUUCCGCACGGAAGAAGCAGUGAAUGCCAACAAUGCCGAAGUGCUGGAGCUCGAGGCGCACGUCGACGCAGUGACAGGCACCGUAGGCCGGGCCAACGCCCAAGCUUGGUGGCGGAAUCACCAAGGAGAGAAGAAUACUCACUUCAAACCAUUAAAGCGUCUCUCGACGAACCUUAAAGACAUGGUCGAGUCCAAAGUUGGGGGCGGGCAACGAAGCCAAGAAUGCUCUCGUACUGAUACGCACUCGCAUCCACCAGAAGUAGCUAGUUACUACGACCCCGAUUACGUGCCGCCGCAGACGAUCCACCUAAUGAAAGAAGCACACGACGUGCUCAAAGGGGCUAUUCAGUUGCUCGACACGCUGAGGUGGAUGGAGCGCGCGUUGAAGCUCAUAAUCCAAGCUGGCGACGAGCUGGACAUGCGCGUAAAAGAGCUGAGGGCACAUGCCGUGGCCAGAGGGGAGCUGAAGAAAGAGGAGGCCGAAGAAUUUGACGACGAGCUUACCGUCCACUGGCAUGAGAUUAGGCAGUAUUUGGACUGCACGUGGCGGCUCUGUACUUCGCUCGAGACGGACCGACGUAUGUCGGAACUCCGCUGCCGAGCCCAGAUCGACAUCAUCUACUCGAAGAUGGCGCAGGAGGAUAACAACCUCAAUGCGCGCAUGGCAGUAGCAUCGACGAGGGACAGCUCUUCGAUGAAGGCAUUGGCUGUAAUCACCGCUCUGUUCCUACCCGGAGAAUACAUCGGCACCCUGUUCGGCGUGUCGAUGUUUAAUUGGGAGACGGGCACGGCGGGCGACCCGGCUAUAUCCGAGGACGCGCCCAAGGGCUGGCCCCAUCCGAUAGUUAUGCCCUCGUUCUGGAUUUAUUGGGCUUUCACGAUCCCCCUUACCUUGUUUAUCGUCUGCGCGUGGCGCGCGUGGUGGGUCAACCAGGACCGGUAUUUCCGUCGGCAUCUCAGCCUCGAUCUUAGCGACGAGCGCUACUGGACCACGGACGGUCGACCUCGCGAUCUCGAAACGACCUUCGCGCAGGACUUCUUCAGCGUGCUGAGCCGCAGCGGUGCCGGGAGCACCUCCAACCGCACCAUUCUGGGGAAGAACCCGACCGGCGUGCGAUCCAGGUCGGCAACCGGGGCGACGAGGGUGACCAGUUUUGACGUCAAUAGGCCGCAGAGCAGAGCUCCCACCAUGCCAACCGGCGCCGUGUCCGGCUUGGGUCUAUCCAAGCAUAUAGCGACGCCAAGCCUAGCCUACACCCACGUGGGCAAGGACAAAGAGAUGACAACCGAUUCGGAACGCGAAGGUGGUGAAUUGGGAGACGGAGGAGCUAUGCGGUUCAGACAGAUUUCGUUCGCCAGAGGGCCGCGGAUACGGAAAGAGGACGAUUCCGCUGUUUAA